AUGGAUGAUAGGAAAGAUAGAUUGAGCAUGACAGAGUUGCACAAACUGCAUCGGUUCGGAGGGAAAAUUUCCAAGCCUCCCAGGAGACAAGCAUCACCUAUUGAGGCACAAGAGGUACUUGAGGCCCCGCAGGAGGAAGCCGAGGCCUCGCAAGGGUUUGAAGGAGGACCGUCCAACUUAUCAUUGUUGUCUCUAUAUUCGGACCAUACGGCCAGACAUGUAUGGGACGGAGAGGACCGUGAUGCUUUAAAAUUCAUAAACCAUGGCCGUAAGAUUACAAGUCUACAAGUGCCUAAUGAGCUGUGGUUUAUGGAUGUGUUGCGACUAUCUGAGCUGAGAGAUUUGAGUAGGAAUGGCUAUCCUACAGUUAACCAUGGUAUGCUGUCUGCAUUUGUAGAGAGAUGGCAAUCGAAGACGCUAUCAUUUCAUCUCCCUCGUGGUGAGAUGUCCAUCACACUAGACGAUGUCUCGUUUCUGCUGCAUCUUCUGAUCAGGGGGAGAUUCUUAGACCACAACAGGAUUAACAGAGAUGAGGCACUGGUGAUAUUGGUAGACUAUCUGGGAGCUGACUUAGAGGAAGUCAUGAAGGAGUUAAAAGCCACCCGAGGGGCUCAUGCUAGGUUUUGA